AUGGGGGACCUUCCGGAACCGCGAGUCAAUCGCGCCAGUCGCGCCUUCCUUCACACGGGCGUCGACUACGCCGGCCCGAUCGUCGUUCGAACUGCGCCCGGCCGCGGCCACAGAUCGCAAAAGGCAUAUAUCGCAGUCUUCGUAUGUAUGACGACGAAAGCGAUUCAUCUAGAAUUAGUGAGCGAUUAUACGUCGCCAACCUUCGUUGCGGCGUAUCACCGCUUUAUUUCGCGGCGCGGCCUACCACAAAAUGUACAUUCCGACAAUGGCACAACGUUUCACGGAGCUGAUCGAGAAUUAUCCGAAGCCUACAAAAGAGCGUCUUGUAACCCGAAUUUUUUAAAUCAACUAAUUGUAGACAAAACAUCGUGGCAUUUUUUACCUCCCGCUGCACCACACUUCGGCGGGCUUUGGGAGGCUGGCGUCAAAAGCGUCAAACACCACUUAAAGAGAUGCAUCGGCAAGCACACACUCACUUUCGAAGAGAUGACAACGGUGCUCUCGCGUAUAGAAGCAUGCCUGAAUUCUCGACCAAUCGCUGCCGUUUCGGAAAGUCUCGAUGACUAUACCGCGCUCACACCAGGACACUUCUUAAUCGGUACCCCUCUAGUUGCGAUACCCGAGCCCAGCGUGCUUGAAUUAAAUGAAAAUCGACUCUCCCGAUGGCAAGUGGUUCAGCGCAUUACGGAAGGUUUUUGGAAGUCUUGGCAAAACGAUUACUUGCAGACCUUACAACAACGCCCUAAGUGGCGCAUCGCUCAACGGCUGGCCCGUGUGGGUCAGAUCGUGCUAAUACGCAAUCCAUUGACUCCGCCGAGCCAAUGGGACCUCGGACGGAUUCAAGCAUGCCACCGCGGCACGGAUGGAUGCACGCGCGUCGUUACAAUCACCACUAGCCGGUGGUGA